AUGGAGGAAAAUGAUUCUACUUUGAAGCAGGUUAUUCAUUGUAAUCACGAAAUUUUGUUGCAUUUGAAGACAUCUUGGACUUCAAGUAAUCCUGGUAGAAGGUAUUGGGCAUGUCCUUAUUAUGGGGGUCCAAGAUCUUGCGACUUUUGCCGUUGGAGGGAUUCAGAAGACAUUGAUCUGAGGUCCAAAUAUGUGAUUCCUAAACUAAUUGAAAAACUAGGUGAGCUUGAGAAUUUAGUUGAGUCUUGUCGUUUCAAUGAAGUUGAGAAAUUGAUUGGAUUGAGCAAAUCAAUCAAGGAAGGUUCAGAAGAAGUUGACAAGCCUAAAGAAUCCAAACACGAUGAUAAUGAGAUUAAUAUGAAAUUGGAGAAGUUGGAAGAAGAGAUUCAAAAGAUCAAGGAGAAAGAAAAAAUUGGAGACGAAUAG